ACUAAGUGCCGGUACUCUACCCGUGACCGGGUCGUAACGAAUAAACCAACAUCUAUCGAAAUGUUAGUUUUAACAUUGCAUCUACGUGUUUAAAUAUCAUACCCCUAAUUACUCGUUUCUUCUCGGAGCUCCAUUGCGUCCUUCAUCGCCGGUAACAUUUCCGGUAGUCAAUCCCAAAACUCAUCAUAAGUCUCUACAGUCUACACCUUCCUCAUCAUCUCAAUGAAUGGCACAUCAAACACACUUUUAAACAUCACCCACUUAUUCACCCGCACAACACUCCCAACAGUCGUUCAAAUCGAGUCACUUUUGUACACUUUUGCCGCCAAAAAAUCCCUCACAAGCAUCACAAAACUCCAUGCCAAUCUCAUCGUAUCUGGCCUCCUGUCACCAUACGAAUCACGAUUCAUCCCUGCACUUCUGGCAUCUGGGUACGCGUUAUCUGGCCACAUUCCGUAUGCACGCCAACUGUUCGAUGAAUUGCCUCAAAGAACUAAGCGUGCAUACAACAGUAUGAUUAAGGUGUAUACUGAAAAGGGGUUGCCGUAUAAUGCACUCCAGGUGUUUGUGGAAAUGGUUGAGUCAGGAAACCCGAAGCCGGAUAGGCUUACGUACCCUUUUGUUGUUAAAGCUUGUGCUGAACUGGAAAUGUAUCGGUUUGGUUUGUCGGUUCAUGGUUUGGUUAUAAGCGGCGGUGUUGAUUCGAAUACGUUUGUGGGUAAUUCGUUGUUGUCGAUGUACAUGAGUUUUGGUGAGAAUGAUAGUGCGAAACGAGUGUUUGAUGAGAUGCGGGACAAGGGCGUGGUUUCUUGGAACGCUUUGAUUAGUGGGUAUUUUAAAAACGGGUAUCCUAACGAGUCGUUGAUGGUUUUCAAGAAAAUGGUUGAUGAAAAAGCGGAGAUUGAUAACGCGACUGUUGUUUCAGUGCUCCCUGCGUGUGCGUAUUUGAAACGGUUAGAUGUGGGAAAAGAGGUUCACGAUUUGGUGAGAAAUAACGGUUUGGAUGAAAAUUUGUUUGUUCGGAAUGCUUUGGUGGAUAUGUAUGUAAAAUGCAGUCAAAUGGAUGACGCGCGCGUUAUUUUCGAUGAAACUAGUCAGAGAGAUGUAGUGACAUGGACUUCAAUGGUAAACGGUUACAUUGUAAAUAACGACACAAAAAGCGCGAUUUCACUUUGUCCGUUAAUGCUGCUUGAAGGCGUAAAACCUAACGCGUUAACCCUCGCUUCAUUUCUUUCAGCUUGUGCGGACUUAAAGUACUUGCGCGAAGGUAAGACCUUUCACGGAUUCGCGAUGAAGAAUAAUCUCGACUCCGAUGUAAAUGUAGAGACUGGAUUGAUUGACAUGUACGCUAAAUGUGCGUCUGUUAGUUAUAGCUUUCGUGUGUUUAACAAAACGUCAAAAGUAAAAACCGCCCCAUGGAAUGCAAUUCUUUCCGGAACAACUGAAAACGGGCUCGGUACAGAAGCAAUAUUAUUAUUCAACGAAAUGAGGCGAAAAGGUGUUUUACCAAACCAAGCAACGCUAAAGUGUGUGUUACCCGCGUAUGCAAUUACCACAGAUCUUAAACAAGUAAGUAGCAUUCACGGUUAUCUAAUAAGAUCAGGGUUUUUAUCAAAAGGCGAUUUAGCAACCGGUUUAAUCGAUAUAUACUCGAAAUGCGGAGCUUUGGAACAAGCUUACAUGGCGUUUAACGAGGUUGAAACAAAAGAAAGAGAUAUUAUACUAUGGAGUGUGAUCAUAUCGGGUUACGGGAAACACGGGGACGGUGCGACCGCACUUUCACUAUUUAACCAAAUGGUUCAAACCGGGGUGCAACCGAAUGAAGUCACAUUUACGUCUGCGUUACACGCGUGUAGCCAUUCGGGUUUAGUGGAUGAGGGUUUGGGCUUAUUUCAGUUCAUGUUAAAAGAGGGUAAAGUUAACCCACGCGCGUCUCAUUACACUUGUAUUAUUGACCUUCUGGGUCGAGCCGGGAGGGUUCACGAGGCGUAUGAGUUAAUUACCACAAUGCCAUUUGCGCCUAAUCAUACCGUUUGGGGGGCAUUGUUAGCGGCUUGUGUGGUUCAUGAGAAUGUGGAGUUGGGAGAAAUAGCGGCAAAAUGGUUGUUCGAGUUAGAACCCGAGAAUACCGGGAAUUAUAUUUUAAUGGGAAAUAUUUACGCUGCGGUUGGUAGGUGGGAAGAGGCGGAGAAUGUGCGGAAUAUGAUAAACGAAAUCGGGUUAAGGAAAUCGCCGGCUCAUAGCUUCAUAGGAGCCGGCCAUGAAUGAGGGUGCAUUUGUGUGUUAGAAACCGAGAUUAGACAAAUUUUAGAACAAGAUGGUAUAUUUGUUUCGACGACUUUAAUGUUUCGACAUCUAUAAAAGUGGACGAUACACGUUACAAGAUUAA